ACUGCAGCUCUGACCCACGCAUGUGACCAUUGACUGUCAGUCUGAACCGGAAUACACACAGCCCAGGAACAAAUAUGUGUCUUAAAAACAUUUCCUUCUCUGGCUCGCUGUCAACAUUCUGCCAAGGUUCCUUGACGCAGCUUGGACGGGCUGCAGCCGCGGCUAUAUAAAUGGAGUGAAUGUUGUUGGGAGGGUUUCAGCUUCUCCGCGGGAAACUGCUUGCGUCUGAACCAGGAAGUAGAACGGGUUGGGCGGCGAUGGCUGGAAUUUUGCUGCAGGUUCUCGGCGCCUUCGGAGCAGGAGAUGGAGGGGGCAUCGGAGGUGCCGGGGACGCUGGAGGUCCCGGGGGUGCGGCAAGUCCUGGGAAUACUGGAGAUCCCCGCAAUGCUGGAAAUCCCAAGGGUUCCGGAGGUCCCGGGAACCCAGGAGAUCCCGGGAACACUGGAGAUCCCAGGAAGACUGGAGAUCCCAGGAAGACCAAAGACCCCAGGAACAUUGCAGAUCCCAGGAGUUCUGUCGAUUCUGGGAAGACUGCAGAUCCCAGGAACAUUGUAGACCCCAGGAAUGUUGAAGAUCCCUGGAGUUCUGUAGAUUCCGGGAUGACUGUAGAUCCUGGGAAGACCAAAGAUCCCAGGAAAAUUGUAGAUCCCAGGAGUUCUGUAGAUCCUGGGAAGAUGGUGUAUCACAGGAACCCAGGAGAUCCCAGGAACACUGCAGGUCCCAGGAGUGUGGUAGAUCCCAGGAUCUGGGACAGCUCGGACAUGGAGGGCUGCCUGCUGCUGGGGGAGAGGUCCCACGCCAAGACCGCCCUCCUGUUCCAGGCGGCAGCUGCGGUUGCUGGUCAGUGGGGGCGGCGGGUGCUCUUCCUCGCCCCCCGCCCCGUCCAGGUGCUGCCAGCGGCACUGCUGCACCUGGAGCCCUGCAGCUUGCGCAGGGUGCAGUUCGUGUACCCUCAGUCAGCGCAGGGGCUGCUGCAUGCCGUGGCAUCUCUGCACGAGAGCCCAGACAGGCUACCCUCCCUCAUCCUGCUGGACGGCCUCGAUGAGUUCCUGCAGGGAUGUGGCGGCCAGGAGCUGAGCAGGCAGGCGGCUCUUCUCGCUGCCUUGCUACGGGACACCACUGCCUGGGUCAACAGGAGCCUUGCACCCAGCGCCCAGUGCCAGGUCAUUGUAACCCUGCAGACGCUGAAUCAGAAGGAGAAUGCAGCAGAUCUGGGCCUCCAGGUGAUCGAGCGAUACUUCCCGGUGAAGUGCAUGAUGAGUGAGCAGCAAUGCCACGUGGAAGGGGCUCAGAUUUACCUCGUUUCUUUCUCUGGAUUGAUGAAGAACGACACCAGAGAGGCGUGUGUUUCUCAGAUCGAGGAGGACUGCACCUGGGAACUGCUUUUUGAGGAUGAUAACAUCUCAAGAAUCCACCGUGCAACAAGAGAGAGAACCUGAAGUAGCUCAGGGUACAUAGGGACAGCAGGAAGGAACAUCCGACUGAUUUAUGGCCAACUUUCAGAAGGAGACAUUCAAGACACAUUAGAUAUUGUCUUCUUCAGUGUCCAACUCCACUUCCAGCACUCUUAAUGUCUCAGUCUUAGCUGCCACUGAUCCAUUUGUUAGAUUUAUAAAGGAGACAAUUAAUUCAGGUCCUGUCUGCCUAACAAAAGUGCCAGAUGUUCAACGGGACAACAGAUCUGUUCAUCGUCAAUGUGUUGGCAUUGUUACAAAACACAAAAUGUUACUGCUACUGGGUAUCAGAGGUAAGAAAGAGAGUUCUGAAAAUAUUCAGUUGGUCAGCAGAGAAAAUAGCUUUGUUAAUGUUUCAGGUUGAUGACACUUCUAUCUUUAUUCUCAAAGUGCUGGUAGUGUUCAAACUGUGUUGGAAUUUGUGAUUCGGGUGUGAGGUUCCAACAGUGAAGGUCUUCAGUGGACCAAUGACCUUCUGUGAGUGGAACAGACAUUGUGCAUGAAGUUAACUGCUGCCUUACUCAACCCUUCCAACUAAACGACAACAAUUCCUGGCAGAUACUCCAUGGCAAGGCUAUGGACUGAGACCAGAGCUGCAAAUGGAGGCCAAAGUUCUUUGAAGCAAAAACAGCAAAUGCUGGAAACACUCCGCAGGUCCUCGGAAAGAGAACCGGAGUUAACGUUUCAGGCCAAAGACUGGAAAAGAGAGAAAAUUCAUUAGUUUUACGUGGCGGAGGAUGUUGGAGGGUCGGACGUACAGGACAGAUACCAGAGACAUGCUGAGAGUUUUGGCUUUAGGUUUCCAACACCAGCAGGUUUUAUUUUAAUUUUCACCAGCUCCAAAUUCUUUGGGUUGUCUCAGCUGCUGAAGUCGCUAAUCAGCUGAUAUCUUCCAACAGGAUGAUCUUCAGAGAAGAAGCUUCCAUCCCUCUCCACAUCAGUCAAUAAUAAUAAUCCUUGGAUGCAGCCGAGAAGGGAAAUCAAAAUGGCUUUAAUGGUCAGGGGCAAAAUAACGAGUGUCACCAACAGGCUCAACGCCACAGAUCAGAGAUUCCCAAACUUCGGCUGCAAACCACAGCAGAGGAGUUUGUUUAUCUGCCCCCCAGUUAUUUUCAACAUUAGUUACAAGGGCUGAAUAAAAAUAACUAAUUGUUUUAUAAUUACUUUCCCACUUCUAACUUUAUCACGUGCCCAGUCUGAAAACCUAGUUCCUAAAUCCUUCCUUCAGAGGUAAUUCAUUUGCUUUGAAGUCCUUCGACAUAUAAUUACAAGUUUUUUCUAUCUGUAACCAAAAAAGAUUGGGGCUGGACAGUUUUCCUAUUUAGGGAGGGGUGGAGUUAUGCUGUGGUUUCCUGUUACUGUCAGAUGAUCCCCAUUUGGAAGUUCUCUUGGAAGUACUCACAUUGAAGAAUUGUU